AUGAUCAAUAACGGUGCAGAUGAAUUUGCAGGUGAAGCAAAUUAUGGUGGAUUUACUGGAUUCAAUGAAGAUUUUAUAAAUAAUGUAUUUAAAAAUUUUGCCGGUUCAAGAGUUCAAACAGAAUUUAAUCAACCUUAUGCAAUGGGAUCCGAUGUCGAAUUUUCUUUAACUAUAUCCUUUAUAGAUUCGGUUAAAGGUGCUAAGAAGACUGUGACGGUAGAAACAGUGGCAAACUGUAAAUCGUGUAAUGGAAUUGGUACCAGAACAGGCAAAGAACCAGAUAAUUGCAAAGUGUGUAAUGGAUCAGGUGUACAAUACGUUUCCUUAACAACAGGAUUUCAUAUGCAAACUAUAUGUCGUGCCUGUAAUGGUAAAGGAACCAAAAUAACACCUUUAAAUAGAUGUGUAGCAUGUAUUGGUAAAGGUCAAGUAAAAGAGAAGAGAGCUGUAGUAGUUCAAAUUCCCGCAGGCAUUGAGAGUGGCACAGUAAUUAGAAUGAUUAGACAAGGGGAUGUACCAUCUGGUGGGAUAGGAAUCCCCGGAGAUUUAUAUAUAAGAUUAAAUGUCACGCCACAUAGUAUAUUUAAAAGAGAAGGUGAAAAAAAUAUUAUUAUGAAUAAGGAAAUACCAUUUCAUCUAGCAAUUUUAGGUGGUGAUGUUCAAGUACCCACGAUUGAUGGCGAUGAUGUUGAAUUAAAAGUUCCUGAAGGUUCACAACCUGAUCAACGUAUUGUACUAAACAAACGUGGUAUAAAAAUUGGUAACUCUCAAGGUGAUCAAUACGUUAUAUUAAAACCUAGAUUACCAAAACAUUUAACAUCACAACAAAAAGAAUUGAUUGAAAAAUAUGAAGAAAUCAGUGAACGAAGCACAAAGAAGAAAUCUGGUAAUUUUUUAAAAAAUCUAUUUAAUAUAUUCAAAGAUAAAAAAUAA